AUGAGAAGAGUUUCUCAUUUCCUGAUUUGCUUAAUUCUCACACUCGCUUACACUCAUUUCUCCGAUUCAAUCACCGAACGAGAGAUUCUUCUUCAAUUCAAAGACGAAAUCAUCGAAGAUCCAUACAAGAGCUUAGCUUCUUGGGUCUCAACCGGUGACGACGACCUCUGUAACAGCUUCAACGGCGUAUCCUGUAACAAAGAAGGAUUCGUCGACAAGAUCGUUCUUUGGAACACAAGUCUCGCCGGAACACUAACUCCGGCAUUGUCCGGUUUAACGUCUUUAAGGGUUCUGACUCUGUUUGGCAACAGGUUUACAGGUAACUUCCCCUUGGAUUACUCAAAGUUACAGACUUUAUGGAAGAUCAAUAUCAGCUCCAACGCAUUGUCUGGUUUCAUCCCGGAGUUUAUCGGCGACUUACCCAAUUUAAGGCUCUUGGAUUUGUCUAAAAACGGAUUCGCCGGAGAGAUUCCUGAUUCUCUGUUUAAGCUCUGUUUCAAGACCAAGUUCGUUUCACUCUCUCACAACAAUCUCUCUGGAUCAAUACCGGAAUCAAUCUUAAACUGUAACAAUCUCAUUGGUUUUGAUCUCUCUCACCAUGGCAUCUCCGGUUUACUCCCUCCGAUCUGCGAUAUACCGGUUCUUGAGUUUGUCUCUGUGAGAAGAAACUUGUUGUCUGGUGAUGUGUUUAAGGAGAUCUCAAAAUGUAAAGGAUUGAAACAUUUUGAUAUAGGAAGCAAUUCUUUCGAACGGUUAGCGUCUUUUGAUGUUAUUGGAUUCAAGAACUUGACGUAUUUCAAUGUCUCUGGAAACCGGUUUAGCGGUGAGAUUGGUGAGACCGUUAGUUGCAGCGAAAGUUUGGAGUUUUUAGAUGCUUCUUCGAAUGAGUUAACUGGUAAUGUAAUCACCGGAUGCAAAAGUCUUAAGCUUUUGGACUUGGAGUCGAACAGGCUCAACGGGAGUGUACCAAUAGGUCUCGGGAAGAUGGAGAAGCUCUCUGUGAUUAGAUUAGGUGAUAACUUUAUUGACGGGAAGAUACCGAGAGAGCUCGGAGAUCUCGAGUUUCUACAGGUUUUGAACUUGCGUAAUCUCAAUCUCACUGGUGACAUUCCUGAAGAUGUAUCCAAUUGCAGACUACUUCUUGAAUUAGAUGUUUCAGGGAAUGGUUUACAAGGAGAGAUACCUAAGAAUCUGUUCAACUUAACAAACUUGGAGAUUCUUGAUCUUUCGGAGAAUGUGCUUUCCGGUGCUAUUCCGUCUUCACUGGGAAACUUGAACAGACUGACACAUUUCAAUGUUUCCUACAACAAUCUCUCCGGAGUUAUCCCAAAGAUCCAAGCUUUUGGAGCUUCUUCGUUCUCCAACAACCCUUUCCUCUGCGGUGAUCCUCUCGAAACAUCGUGUACUUCUCUCAGAACCGGAUCAAGAUCAAGAUCAAGAAAGGCCAAAGCUUUAAGCACCUCUGUAAUCAUUGUUAUCAUCGCUGCUGCUCUGAUCUUGGUUGGUGUCUGUGUAGUGCUUGUUUUGAACCUUAGACGGAAGAAGCACGAAGAAGAAGAAGAAGAAGAAGUAGUCAGUUUCGGUACCAGAACAACCACCAUUGCUUCAACAGAAUCUGGUAAUGGCGGUGGUGUGACGUUUGGGAAACUUGUUCUGUUCAGCAAGAGUUUACCUUCAAAGUAUGAAGAUUGGGAGGCAGGUACAAAAGCUCUGCUCGACAAGGACAAUAUCAUCGGCGUUGGAUCAGUAGGAGCGGUUUACAGAGCUUCAUUCGAAGGAGGGGUUUCGAUUGCAGUGAAAAAGCUCGAGACUUUAGGAAGAAUCGAGAGCCAAGAAGAGUUUGAGCAAGAACUUGGAAGGCUUGGUGGUUUAAGUCACUCGAAUCUUGCUUCUUAUCAAGGCUACUACUUCUCCUCUACAAUGCAGCUGAUUCUCUCUGAGUUCGUCUCAAAUGGAAGCCUUUACGAUAAUCUACACAGUAGCAAUGGAGACAGAGAGUUGAAUUGGCAGAGGAGAUUCGGAAUCGCGUUAGGAACCGCAAAGGCGAUUUCUUUCCUUCACAAUGAUUGUAAACCUGCGGUUCUUCAUCUCAAUGUGAAGUCUACAAACAUACUUCUUGAUGAGAGGUGUGAGGCAAAGCUAUCUGAUUACGGUUUGGAGAAGUUUCUUCGGUUCGGUUUUCACAAUGCGGUUGGGUACAUAGCUCCGGAGCUAGCUCAGAGUUUGAGAGUGAGUGACAAGUGUGAUGUUUAUAGCUUCGGUGUGGUUCUUCUUGAGCUUGUUACCGGUAGAAAACCGGUUGAGUCGGCGUCGGAUAAGAAGGUUUUGAUCUUGAGGGAUCAUGUGAGGGAUUUGUUGGAGAGUGGUUUGUCUUCUGAUUGUUUUGAUAGGAGGUUGAGAGGGUUUGAAGAGAAUGAGCUGAUUCAGGUGAUGAAGUUAGGUUUGAUUUGCACAACGGAGAAUCCAUUGAAGAGACCUAGCAUGGCAGAGGUUGUUCAAGUUCUUGAAUUGAUUAGAAAUGGAAUGGGACCAUGA